UUAGAGCUUUUGUUUUGAAGGCUGCGACCGGAAACAGCCCGUUAAUGUUGCGGCUAUCUUCGUGCUAGCGGCUAGCGCUAAAUUAACUCUCCGGCUAAAGCGAGUAAUCUAUCUACGUUUUUUGCCUUUAAAGUAAAUGAACUUUUUUGCAGAGUAGCCUGUUAGAAUAAAAUCACCUGUUUUGAUGUCACCUUUCACACAGUUUGAUCCCGCAGCUCUCGCGCACGUUAGUUAGCUCUUUCCGGUAGCUAGGCUAGUUAGCAGGUUAGCACCGGAGCUAACGGCUAACGGAGCAGAAUGGACCUCUUUGACGACCUACCGGAACCGACCCAGACCUCCGGUCCGGUCUCUGCAGCGCUCUCAGCUCGACCCCGGGCCGCCGCGCCAGAGGAGGCGUCGGAGGAGGAGAGACGACCGAAACGAAAAAGAGGAGAUGCAGAGUGUCGUGACAGAAAGGAGGUGGAGGUCAAGAAAGUUUGUAAAGAAGGCCUCCCCGUGCUGAAAGGCUACGUGGCGGCGAGGCGUGGCGAGCGGGACGAGAUGCAGGAUGCUCACGUGCUGCUGCCGGACAUGAGCGGCUGUCUGUCCGCUCUGCCGGGACAAGUGUCUCGUGUUUCGUACUUCGCCGUGUUUGACGGUCACGGUGGAGCUCGAGCGUCCCGGUUCGCCGCAGAGCAUCUUCACCACAAUCUGGCCAAGAAGUUCCCCAGCGGAGAAACAGAGAACCUGGACAAGCUGAUAAAGAAAUGUCUCAUGGACACUUUCCGGCAGACGGACGAAGACUUUCUGAAGAAAGCGUCCAGCCAGUAAGAGAUUUUCAUUCAGAAUAAACCUGCCGGAGAAUCUUUUGACGAUUUGAAGUUUUCUCAUCAAAGUCACACGGUGAUAACGGCGUGUGUCCACGCAGAGUUCGUACGCUCAUUAUAAACCUGGAGAGUCAUGGAAUUCACAAAUAGCAAUUUUCAAACCUGGAAAGGUUUUUAGAAACUAAGUAUUCCCUGAAAGUUGAGGAAAAGUCUUGGAAACAUGUUUCACAAACCUGCGUAAUAACAUUUAUGAGCUCGAGGACCAACGAUGAUUUCUGUUUUUACAGUUUUGGGCUGCGAUAAAAUGUCGCGUCGAUGAUUUUUAAAGAAAAAGAAGAGAAAAAAACGGCAACAUUUUAAA